GGUGACACGGAUACAUAUACAUAUACGUAUAUAAAGAAAGAAAUGCGUCUGACGCUGUAUCUGGCUAAACAUGGAGUUUAACAAGUACGUAGUGGUCCUCUGGUCAGUACUGUCCAACUGGACAACAGUGAAGGCGUCAGAAAACCUUGCCUUCAAUAAAACCACAAACCAAAGUUCCAGCUAUAACAAUAUCUGGGUCAGCUCUAAAGCCGUAGAUGGAUGUACAACACAAGAUAUUGACAAGAACUGCUGUACACACACUCAGGCGGGACAGAACGAGACCUGGUGGAAGGUAGACCUACAUCAACUGUCUGUUAUAGAAACCGUGGAUAUAAUAUAUAGAGGACACAAUAGUGUCUUAAACCGACUAGCCGGUUUUGAGAUAUAUCUGUCUGACACAUCCGACUGGAAAUCAGAAGAACGGUGUUACCAGGACAUCACUGCUAACCUAUCAUCCAUGUCAGCGACACAGCACGUGACUUGUCCAGGUGUCGCCAGAUAUGUGACCAUCUACAAUGAUCGGCGGGUUAUAGCCAAAUCCUGGUACUCGAAUAAAGCUAUAUUGGAACUGUGUGAAGUGUACGUUAAUGGUUGUCAAGUAGGGAAGUAUGGGGAUGGAGAUUGCAAUAACGACUGCACAAACUGUCUUGGCAACCUAUGUCAUCCAAUAUCCGGUACAUGUGAUGUUUGCGCUACUGGAUUUUAUAAGAAUGGCGGGAAUUGCAUUCCGUGCCCGAUUAAUUGCGCUAGGAAUUCAUGUGACAGUGGAUCUGGAAAUUGUUUAGAAUGUGAAGCUGGAUUUCAUGGUGAUCAAUGUAAUCGGAUUUGUCCGUCCAACUGUAGGCACAACCUAUGUGACAUGGAGAGUGGUCAAUGUACAGAUGACUUCAAGGUGGCUGCAAUCGGGAUUGGUAUCGGAAGUGGAGUAGUCAUCGUUGCGCUGAUCAUCGCAUUGAUUGUGCAGACACAAGGGAAACGGUUAAGGAUUCUGAGAGACACAUCGAUUUCCACAAUGGACAUAUCCCUGUUGCGAGUUCGACAGGCUCGACGAACAGAUGCAGACGGUACUAAUGGUGGUUUCGACACAAGGCUGAGUGAACAAACGACGGCCGAUGAGUCGCAAAUUAUGGACAAUUAUAAACACCUAGGACCAAGCGAAGAAUCGCAAAAUGGUGACAUUUAUGAAUACCUUGGACCUAGGAAGGAGUCGCCAAAUGUGGCCAAUUGUGAACACCUUGGACCAAGGGAAGAAUCGCUAAAUGUGGACAUUUAUGAACACCUUGGACUCAGGAAAGAAUCGCAAAUUAUGGACAAUUAUGAACACCUAGGACCAAGGGAAGAGUCGCAAAUUAUGGACAAUAAUGAAUACCUUGGACCAAGGAAGGAGUCGCAAAAUGUGGUUAUUUAUGAAUACCUUGGACCAAGGAAGGAGUCGCCAAAUGCGAACAAUUAUGAACACCUUGGACCAAGGGAAGAAUCGCUAAAUGUGGACAUUUAUGAACACCUUGGACCAAGGAAAGAGUCGCAAAUUAUGGACAAUUAUGAACACCUUGGACCAAGGCAAGAGUCGCAAAUUAUGGACAAUUAUGAAUACCUUGGACCAAGGAAGGAGUCGCCAAAUGUGGACAAUUAUGAAAACCUUGGACCAAGGAAGGAGUCGCCAAAUGCGGACAAUUAUGAACACCUUGGACCAAGGGAAGAGUCGCAGAUUAUGGACAAUUAUGAACACCUUGGACCAAGGAAGGAGUCGGAAAUUAUGGACAAUUAUGAAUACCUUGGACCAAGGAAGUUGUCGCCAAAUGUGGACAAUUAUGAAAACCUUGGACCAAGGAAGGAGUCGCCAAAUGCGGACAAUUAUGAACACCUUGGACCAAGGGAAGAAUCGAUAAAUGUGGACAUUUAUGAACACCUUAGACUCAGGAAAGAGUCGCAAAUUAUGGACAAUUUUGAACACCUUGCACCAAGGCAAGAGUCGCAAAUUAUGGACAAUUAUGAACACCUAGGACCAAGGGAAGAGUCGCAGAUUAUGGACAAUUAUGAAUACCUUGGACCAAGGAAGGAGUCGGAAAUUAUGGACAAUUAUGAAUACCUUGGACCAAGGAAGUUGUCGCCAAAUGUGGACAAUUAUGAAAACCUUGGACCAAGGAAGGAGUCGCCAAAUGCGGACAAUAAUGAACACCUUGGACCAAGGGAAGAAUCGAUAUAUGUGGACAUUUAUGAACACCUAGGACCAAGGAAAGAGUCGCAAAUUAUGAACAUUGAUGAACACCUUGGACCAAGGGAAGAGUCGCAGAUUAUGGACAAUUAUGAACACCUUGGACCAAGGCAAGAGUCGCAAAUUAUGGACAAUUAUGAAUACCUUGGACCAAGGAAGUUGUCGCCAAAUGUGGACAAUUAUGAAAACCUUGGACCAAGGAAGGAGUCGCCAAAUGCGGACAAUAAUGAACACCUUGGACCAAGGGAAGAAUCGAUAAAUGUGGACAUUUAUGAACACCUUGGACCAAGGGAAGAGUCGCUAAAUGUGGACAAUUAUGAAUACCUUGGACCAAGGAAAGAGUCGCAAAUUAUGAACAUUGAUGAACACCUAGGACCAAGGGAAGAGUCGCAAAUUAUGGACAAUUAUGAACACCUUGGACCAAGGAAGGAGUUGCAAAUUAUGGACAGUUAUGAACACCUUGGACCAAGGGAAGAGAAUGAUCCGCAUCUAUACGACACUACGUCAUAAUUGUUGAAAUUUGAGAGAGAGGAAAAAAUCAAAACAUUAGUAUCUUUUUGUUUACAUUAAUAUUGAGUAGCAGACUUGUUUUUUUACUAUCAUAUUAUUGUGACAAGUAUGUACAAUGUAUGUGUAUAUCGUCCACUUAUUGGUCGUUAUCUUGUAUUUGAUAAAUUAUCAUCGGAUUAAAUCUGAAUAAAGAUAAUCAACCUGCCCUGUGAAUACACAGCAAUCCCGUGGGUAACCGUAUCAGGAUACAAUAUGCUUGUUGAAAUUCUACCGUGUCAGGAGACAACAUUCCUGUUGGUUACCCUACCGUGUCAGGAGACAACAUUUCUGUUGGUUACCCUACCGUGUCAGGAGACAACAUUCCUGUUGGUUACCCUACCGUGUCAGGAGACAACAUUCCUGUGGGUUACCCUACCGUGUCAGGAGACAACAUUCCUGUGGGUUACCCUACCGUGCCAGGAUACAACAUUCCUGUGGGUUACUCUACCGGGUCGGGAAACAACUUGUUUUGGGAUAACCCUACCGAUCAUGAUAUUACUUGGUCACAAAGGCAGGAUAUUUACCAUUAUUCGAAAUCCAAGAUAAGUAACGAUGUAAAUUCAGCAUAGCCAUAAACAACACAUUAUCUAUUACUUAUUUACCUGCCAUCCCACAAGAAUGUUUACCAAAUCAUUUUAUGCAUUAAGUAUUUAAGAUUUUAGCUAAGGAUUCUAUAUAAGAUGUUUUCUCUCUGAUCCUGUAUAGUAUAUUAUAUAUUUACAUGUACAGUAUAAUAUAUCGAUAUACUGUCCUGACGCUCAUGUACAAAAAACAUAUGACGAUUGGCAGAGUGAAUCUCGUUUCGGCGCUAGAUUUAGCAACCAAUCAAAUACCACCAUACAUUUCAAUCUUCGGAAAUCUUUGUGUAAAGCAUAUUUUGUGAAUCCCUAUCGCUGUCUAAGCUUGUAUAUUUUCGUACAUCCUCAGAAUGUGUGAGUAGUUUAAGGUCACCAAUAUUUUGUGUUGAUUGGCAAGUGGUUGUUGACAAGCAAAGAGGUGUAAAAAAUUACUAAAUAGAUAUAGCAUAAAUACCACGAGAGUCCAACUGUUAUUCAGAACUUGUUUACAAUUGAUAAAGAGAGUUAUGACGUGUAUAUACAGGUACAUGUGUGACCAUCUUUCGACUUUUUUGAAGUUUUAAGCAGAAUUGUUAAACUCAUUUAAUCAAAGUCUUCGAUACCAUCUGUACAUUGUACUUGUAAUUCCGUCAUAAUGUGGUAACCUAGACGUUGAAUAAAUGAAUCGCCUGAAGAUGGCCGUUAGGCCUGAAAACGUUAACAAAACAUAACAGUUGUCAUGUUGAAUUUAUAUUUUUCAACUAUAUAUACAUAUACAUACAGUGCAUUCCUCUUAAUAUCAUGUCCUAUUUGUCAGACAAAAACAGGAUAUUUACAGUAGUGUGACAUUAAGAGAAACAUGUUUUUUCACUAAAUCUAGUGCAUUACCAAUCUCCAUAACUAAAAUUAUAAUCUCGAAAUUUCGAGUUAUUAAGUCGAAAUUUCGAGAUAUUAUCUCAAAAUUUCGAGUUAGUAGGUCGAAAUUUCGAGUUAUUAUCUCGAAAUUUCGAGUUAUUAUCUUGAAAUUUCGAGUUAGUAAGUAGAAACUUCGAGUUAUUAACAUGAAAAAAUGAAUUUAAUUUUUUUGCUUCAUGGCCCUAAUGCUAUUCCGUAGUUAUACUUUAAGUUAUUAACAGUGUUGAGUCUUUCACCACUUUGUACACCACUUAAUUGUAAUUGUGAAUUAUAUUUGUAGCUAGCUUAGUUUUGUAUAUAUCAUUAAAUCGUGUUUUACUGGU